AUGUAUGGCUUGAACGCAUCAGCAGUUAUUGAAGCUGUGAUUCUUGGACUGCAUGAAAAACUGUCUACGCGAAUAAUGGUCAAGGGACCGGCAACGACCGGCCCUCUUCAGUGUGGAAAGUAUUGGUUGCGGCUGGCAGCUAUACUCGCAGUUUUGUGCGGCGACACAAGGAGAGGCGGCCAUCUUAUCAUCAGUGAUCUUCGUGUUUCGAGCUUCCCCGAGUGGAGGCGGGUGCACCCGAGGAAUGGACCAGAGACCCGCUCAAUUGCGGGGCCCGCGUCUCGACGCGUAGUUUACGGCGUCUGCCAUCAGGAGCGCCAGGAGCGGCAUCGUUUACGACUCGCGCGGCUGGAGCAAUUAGGCAGUGCUGCUGCCAAAAGGGGGGCGGCGCCCGUCGCAGGCUGCGUCGGCUCUUUCUUUUCCCUCGCGCCGCGUUGGGCGAUGGUCGUGAAAUUUGUGCCUGGUGAUGUACAGUGUGUUAGUCGUUUUCCUACGGUGGAGGGAAAACGGAUUGUUCCAGAUUUGAGGAAUGCGAAUUUUGAAAUGGAGAAAGAAAACGUUAGUGAUCACGUGGAACUUCAUUGGCUUCAUAGGUGGAAAACGUGUCUUCAAAAUGUAUUGCUGUUGGAAGCUGAAAAACCUUGUAAGACGGGAAUGGAUGAGUUUCUAUGAAACCUAAGAUUCAUAUGUAAUGAAGCAAUUUGUGCACAAAUUAAAGCUGAGCAGUCGGAUAAAUCUGAUCUGAAUAUGUGAACGAAAUGUAAAAGUUUCCAAUGUUUUUGUGGAAUUUGCUGCCUUUUGAGGUGGGAGGUCCUAUGUGUAGGCAAAAUACUGUCUCCCCAUCUAUGGGCCACCCUUAUAAACUGUUUGAGAUAUUGAAAUGGUUUUUGGUCAGCAAUGCAGAAUCUUGGAACAUGUAAUGUGCUGUGGGGAUAUGGUUUGAAAUAUUUUUAGUUUUAGAGGAAUUUAACCCUUUAGCAUACCAAGCGGAUUGCAUAUGUACCACAAUUUAACAUUUUUGUUGUUUACAAUUUGCUUAUUUUGUAAUAUUGAAAUUUCGUUAAAUUGAAAUACUUCUGCACAGAAAUAGUUACUUAAUUCUAUUCAAUUUUUUCAUUAUAUGCCUGCUCAAAAUAAUCUAAAUGUUCAUAUUUAUUUAAUAUUUCAAAGAAAUCUUGCAUAACAUUAAAGUAAGGUUCAAGUUUACCCUGCUCAAUGUGCGGAGAGUUAAUCAGCUUGAAUUUUUGUUUGGGGAAUUAUAUAUAUUUCUUGCUAGAAAUAGAUUCAUUAUAAAGAGGAUUAUAAUACUGCUUCACAUGUUAAUAUUUCAGAAAUUUGAGUGACAUGACUUUCUGACUUGUGAUUUUAAAAGAAAGGGAUAAUAUUUUCUGUAGCAGCCUUUGAAACUGUCUCCUUGGGGAAGGAGGCAUAUUCAGUUUUAUUUGAUGCUUAAUUAAAACCAUUGCUAGGAGAGGCCACAAAAUCUGUCUUUGCUACAGUUGCUAGGGCUGCAACAGGAUCUAUCUAUUUAAUUUAAAUUGCAUAUCAGUCUAAUUUUACUCAUAUUUCUAUUUAGAUAUUGAUAUACCGUUGUUAAAGCUCAAAACUAAAAAUUGUUCAAACAAUUCCUAGUCUAAUUCUUUACCCACGAUUCAGCAUUAUUGAACUGCAUGAAGAUAUAAACUGUUCAGAAUUUGAGGUUGGCCCAUAGUUGGUAGGACUCUGCAUUGCCCUUGGAACUAGAGGAAAGGGUAAGGUUGGAAAAGAUGUCUACAAAACGAAUGAUUUACAUCCACUGAAGCAGUUUGUCUUAAAAUUGUGUAUUUGUGAGAGAUCUAGACGUGAAUGAAAUGCACAAGUUUGAGUUCUUGUGGGAUUUGCAUCCUUGAGGUGGAAGUUGUAUGCCAACAAAAUUUAGUGCCCUUGGAUUCUGAGUAAAUGUUUAGAAGACUGGAAUGGAGUGUUCAUAAAAAGCAUCAAUGAAAUUUAUGUGCAGUGAAGCAGUUGUGCACAAAUUACUGGCUAGACUUAAAUUAAUUGUUCCAAAGAGUGAAUAAAUCAUAACAAAGUUUGAUUGAGAUGAGAUAAAUGGGAGCUGUGGAAUUUACUGCUUUCUAGGAAUAAAGUACAGAAGCAUUUCAUUUUGCGAGAGCUGGUGGAGCUGUUAGAGGGUUUGGGCCAUGAUUAAAGUAAAGCAGCAUUUUAUUCUGUGAGAAAGAUGAUUGAAUGAAUUCCGGCAAUUGUACCUAUAAAGAUGUUCUUGUUGAAAAUUUUUAGUCGCUGUGUUGCACAAGUAUGUUAAUGAUUUAUUAUGUAAUUGUGCUGCAUGUGUGAAUAUUAGAACCUACUUGGCAUGAAUGAUUAAUUGAAAUAGGAUCUUCAGUUCUAAUUAUGUUAAAUCAAGAUGUUUACUGAAUGCUUCCAUGUAACCUGAACUGCAAAAUAUUGUAAUAAAUGGGUUUUCUAUGUAAUUUCUUGUUUCAAUUUAUACAAUAAAGUAUAUAUAAGAAGUCAUUCUUAUUACUAG